AUGGUGACGUCUGGUCCGAAUAUUCAUUGUGUUCCACUCGAAAUUGCUGUGAAGGCAUCAGCGUACAAGAUUGCUGGAAUGAGUCACAGUGUUCCUGUACCACCUCCUCUUCCAGUGUUGGAUAUUGGGGAGAGGAAGGUUUGUUCACCAGUACCUAAACCCUUGGACCUUUGGGAUGAAGCUGCUAGAAUUGCACAGAAGCUAUCUCUGGAAAAUCCGAGUGAACCCGAUCGAGAACCCUUCAUCUACAGUACUUUGGUUCUAAAGUUGACAUCAUCACCCCUGUGCUACAACAAGGGCCGACCUAUGAUACCAAUGCCAAUCAUCAGCCGGCGUUGUAACAAGGUCACAAGGCUCAUUGGGCAGUAG